AUGGAGCAGAGCUCCGACGACAAAUCUGUAAGCUUAACGGGCUAUGAAGUGACGAAAACAGAUGCUGAAGGGAACGCUUUAGUUAUUAGCACUCGACUGUGUCGCGAUGCGGAGAGAUGGAAGCUCAUGCCCGCACUGGAUGAAUUCCAAAAGUUGACGACUCUAGACCUCCACAAGAGCCGAUAUCUCAAGACUUUGCAUCCAUCCGUUGGAAACUUGCCCAAUCUACGAGAGCUCUAUUUGGCACGCUGUGAACUGCUGGAAGAGCUUCCUGACACGCUUGGGCAGCUAGUCAAUUUGGAGGUGCUGGACAUGAUGGACUGCACAGUCCUAAAGUUCCUCCCAGAUUCAAUAGGUAACUUGAAAAGUCUAAAGCGCCUGUGCCUUGGGGGGCAUUUUGGGACUGGUAACAAAGUGUUGGAAGCACUUCCUGAUUCGCUGUGUCAACUAUCAAACUUGGAAGAACUCAACCUGGACAAGUGCAAGGCUCUGAAGCGUCUCCCGGAGCAGAUUGGAAAGCUAAAACGUCUGAAGCGACUUAACAUGAGGGAGAACAAAUGCGUCCAGGCACUUCCGGAAUCGAUAGUGGAGUGCAACUUAGUGGAGGUGUCUCUUUCCAAGUGUGUUUCUCUGACAUCGCUUCCUCCAAACCUGGAAAAGUGGGCUGAUCUCGAGGACCUUGUUCUGACCAAGUGCAAAGGUAUAACCUGGCUCCCCGACGACAUCGAUAAAUUGAAGAGCUUGGCUCUUUUGGACUUGAGAGCAUGCAAGAAGCUAGAACAAAUCCCUCAGUCACUAGGAUCUUUGCCUCAUCUUCGCAUUCUUGACCUUUCGGCAUGCAAGAGCUUGAAGGUGGUCCCUGAGACACUUGCAAAUUUGCCUAGCCUGGAAAGAUUGGAGCUUUCGGGAUGCCUGAGCCUCAAGGACAUUCCAACCUGUGUGCGGACAAUGAAAGCGGUUACACUAGGAGAUCAAAAAGAAGGCGACUAA